AUGCAGAGUUUUGGUCCAAAGCCUUUUAAGUUUUUCAAUUUUUGGCUGGAGCAUCAAGAUUUUUUGAAAUGGGUUUUGGAGGGUUGGAAUAUUCAGGUGGAUGGGGUCUCUAUGUAUAAACUGUAUGCUAAGCUCAAAUCUGUGAAAGCUGUUCUCAAAGUUCAGAACUUGUCUUGCUUUGGGAAUCUAAAACAGAAAGUUAUGGAGGCUCGUGAGAACUUAGAUAUGGCUCAAAAGGAUGUCAUUGCUAAUUUUGGGAGAGCUGAUUGCUUGCUUAAAGAGAGAGAAUGUCUCCAUGCUUAUGUUUCUCUUACAAAAGCUGAGGAGUCUUUGUUAAAGCAAAAAGCUAGAAAUAAGUGGCUGCAGCUAGGAGAUCAGAAUAACAGUUUCUUUCAUCGGUCUUUUAAGGUUCAGAAUGCUAAGAACACUGUCACUCAUUUGUGGGAUGAGCAGGGUAAUAGAGUGGAGGAUGUGGAGCAGAUCAAGCAGGUGGCUAUCCAGUUUUAUAAGAAGUUGUUAGGGUCAGAUCAGUUGCAAUUCACUGAUGAGAAAGCAGCUAGGAUUAGACAGCUUAUCCCUACUGCCAUUCCUAGUGAUAAGGCUACUAUUUUGGAGAAGGAGGUUACUGCAGAAGAAAUAAAGGAAACUUUAUUCCACAUGCCAGCCAACAAGGCCCCUGGUCCUGAUGGGUUCUCUACAGAAUUCUUUAAGGCCUCUUGGUCUAUUGUUGGAGAAGGGGUGGUGGCAGCUAUUAAAGGGUUUUUUGCUUGUGGCAGGUUGCUUAAGGAGGUAAAUGCUACCAUUUUAACUUUGGUACCUAAGAAGGUGAAUCCAUCUACUAUGGGGGAUUUCAAACCUAUAGCUUGUUGUAAUGUGAUUUAUAAGUGCAUCACUAAAAUCAUUUCUAAUAGGAUGCUCCCUUUGUUGAGUGAUUUGGUUAGCCUGAAUCAAUCAGCUUUCAUUCCUUCAAGAAGCAUUUCAGAAAAUGUCUUAUUGGCUCAGGAGAUUGUGAAAAAUUAUCACAAGGGUAAAGGGGAUCCUCGGUGUACUUUGAAAAUUGAUCUUAUGAAGGCAUAUGACUCUGUCAAUUGGAACUUCAUGUUACAUUGCAGGAAGGGGCUUAGGCAGGGGGAUCCUUUGUCUCCUUACUUGUUUGUUUUAGCCAUGGAGGUGUUUUCAAGGAUUAUGGCUGAGCAUACUGGGGUUGGAUCAGCAAAUUUGAAUGCUAUUACUAUUGUUAAAGCUGCUUUACUUGAAUUUGAAGAACUCUCUGGUUUGAAAGCAAAUCCCUCUAAGAAAUCUUUCUUUUGCUCUGGGAUUUCAGAUAGAGUGAAGCAUGUGUUGUUAGGAGAGUUGGGAAUGAAUGAGGGCCAUCUUCCUGUUAGGAUUGCCGGGCGCAUUGACUCAUGGCUUUCUAAGCACUUAUCUUAUGCAGGGAGGCUCCAAUUAUUAUCUUCUGUGCUUUACAGUUUGCAAGUUUAUUGGACUAGUAUCUUUAUUUUGCCUAAGAAGGUCAUUAAGGCUAUUGAACAAAAAUUUAAUAGGUUUUUGUGGAAUGGGAAGAGUGAAGGGGCUGCAAAGGCUAAGGUUUCUUGGCAAGAGCUGUGUUACCCUAAGAAGGAAGGAGGUUUGGGCUUGAAACAGUUGGAGAUUUGGAACCAAUCUGCUAUGCUAAGACAUGUAUGGAGUCUUUUUGCUAGAUCAGGUUCUAUUUGGGUGGCCUGGGUGAGAGAAAAUUUGUUGAAAGGGAGGAGUUUCUGGAGUGUUGGCUUUCCUCAAACCUGUUCUUGGAGUUGGAGAAAGAUUUUGAAGUUGAGGAGUAUAGCUAAAAGGAUUUUGAAGUUUGAAGUUGGAAAUGGGGAGAAUAUUCACCUUUGGUUGGAUUCAUGGCAUCCUUCAGGUAUUCUGUAUGAGGUUUAUGGGCAUAGGGCUGUUUAUGAUGCCAGAAGCAAUGUGGAGGCCAAACUCUCUUCUGUAAUUCUUAAUGGAGAAUGGCAUUGGAGACCAGCCAGAUCUGAUGCUCUGGUUGAAAUCCAAGCUAGGCUUCCUGAGAUUAGGUUUGCUCCUUAUGAUAAGCCUGUGUGGACUGCAUCUAGGAAGGGAACAUUUGUUAGUUCAGAAACUUGGGAAUUGCUGAGAGAGAAGAAAGAGGAAAUUGUCUGGUGGAAAUUGGUUUGGUUCUCAUAUGCCAUUCCCAAGCAUGCUUUCAUUUUGUGGCUUGCUAUACAAGAUAGACUUGUAACAGGUGAAAGUUUUAGCUAUAGAAUCUGGAAAUUUUGUAUGGCUCGAUGUGGAGUGGACAAUGUUCCAGUUAUUUGGGAUGAGUUUCUGCAGAAAGGAAUUCAAGAGUGGAUGAAUAAGACUCUUAAAGGUUUUCUUUGCAGAUUGGUUCUAGGCUCUGUCAUCUACAAUUUAUGGUGCACUAGGAAUGAGCUAAUGCAUUCUGGUCAACCUAACACUGAGGAGCAGCUUUUGAAGAAGAUAAUUUGGGAGGUGAGGUCAAGAAUUGCUGGGAAGGGAAAGUUCCCAAGAACUAGAGAGAACCUGGAUUUAGCUUCUUUGUGGAAUCUGCAUGCUGACUUGCUGUUAUAG